GGGGUGUCAGUGGUGUUUGUUCAGUCACACAGAAACCUAAUGGUGUAUGUGUGCGUGCGUGUGCGUACUGAGGGGUGGAGAAGAGAAGGGCCCAGAAGCUAUAAGAGUGCGGUGAAAGCAGGAUCGAAAAUUGGUCUUUUAAAGUGUAUUUAGUAGAGCAGACAGGACCAACGACCACUCAAGAUGAAGACGAAGUAUUUAGUUGGGGUCUUUACCAGCGUCCUUGUGAUCUUCCUUGUCGUGGCUGGUGGGGAAGCGCAGAAAGCCAUACCUCAAGAAAAUUUACUCGUGUUGACUGUGGCAACAAGAGAGACUGAAGGAUUCAAUCGAUUUUUGAGAUCAGCGAAAUUCUUUAAUUAUACUUUAAAGGUUCUGGGUAGAGGAGAAAAAUGGAGAGGUGGAGAUUACACAACAGCCCCUGGUGGAGGUCAGAAGGUGCGACUCUUGAAGUCUGCUUUAGAAAAUCUGGAUGAAGAAGACCAGAUCAUCUUGUUCAUUGAUAGUUAUGAUGUAAUUUUCUCAUCGGGUCCAAAAGAGCUAUUGAAGAAAUUUCUGCAAGCCAAGCAUAAUGUGGUGUUUUCUGCUGAGACACUUAUUUGGCCAAAUCGUCAUUUGGAAGACAAGUAUCCCCAUGUCCGAGAGGGAAAGAGAUUCCUUUCAUCAGCAGGUUUUAUUGGCUUUGCCUCCUCACUGAAGAAGAUGGUUCAAGACUGGAAUGGUAAAGAUGAUGACAGUGAUCAGCUGUUUUUUACCAAUCUGUACCUUAAUCCUGAAAUGCGGGACAAAAUAAACAUGUCACUAGACAAUAAAUGCCGGAUAUUUCAGAAUCUAUAUGGUGCUCUAGAUGAAGUUGUCCUGAAGUUUGAAAAUGGGAGAGUGCGUGCCAGAAAUGUGGUGUAUGACACUUUGCCUGUUCUUGUCCAUGGCAAUGGACCUACAAAGCUUCAGCUGAACUAUUUGGGCAACUACAUCCCUAAGGCAUGGACCUUUGAAACAGGCUGCACAGUGUGCAAUGAAGAUCUACAAGACCUUUCUGUUUUGCAGAAGAGUGACUACCCCAUGGUCUUGAUUGGGAUUUUUAUCCAGCAGCCAACUCCAUUUGUGGAAGUGUUCUUUGAGCGUUUGCUUAAUCUACAAUAUCCUAAGGAUCGUCUGAAGCUUUUCAUAUACAAUCAUGAACCCCACCAUGAAAAACAUGUUAAGUCAUUUGUAGAAGUACAUGGAGAUGAAUACAGAGCUUUGAAGAUUAUUGGACCAGAGGAGGAAUUAAACAAUGCUGCUUCUCGGAACUUCGGAGUGAAUCUAUGCCGUAAUGAUGAUGAAUGCCAACACUACUUUAGCAUAGAUGUUGAGGUGGUCCUGAAGAAUACAAACACACUCAAAAUUCUCAUUGAACAAAACAAGUCUAUAAUUACACCAUUGAUCAGCAGGCAUGGGAAACUGUGGUCAAAUUUCUGGGGGGCCCUCAGUGUUGACGGAUACUAUGCACGUUCAGAAGACUAUGUGGAUAUUGUUCAAGGCAGGAGGGUUGGUAUCUGGAAUGUACCCUACAUCUCCAGUGUCUACCUCAUCAAAGGUAGUACACUGAGAAGUGAACUGACUGAAGAGACCCUCUUCACUUCUGGCAAGCUGGAUGCUGACAUGGCCUUCUGCAGCAAUGUUCGAAAUCGGGGGGUUUUCCUUUUUGUCAGUAACAGAGAAGAGUUUGGACGCAUUUUGUCAACAGAGAAUUAUCAGACAUCUCAUCUGCACAAUGACCUCUGGCAGAUUUUUGAAAAUCCAAAGGACUGGGAAGAGAGAUACAUACACCAAAACUAUAGUCGAAUUUUUAAAGAAAAAAUAAUUGAAACACCCUGCCCUGAUGUUUUCUGGUUUCCUGUAUUUAAUGACAUAACUUGUGAUCACCUUGUUGAAGAAAUGGAAAACUUUGGACAAUGGUCAAGUGGUCAGAAUGUGGACACAAGAAUUCAAGGAGGCUAUGAGAACGUGCCCACAAUAGACAUUCAUAUGAACCAAAUCAAUUUUGAGAAAGAGUGGCAUAAGUUUUUAUUAGAAUAUAUUGCCCCAGUAACUGAAAAAAUGUUCCCUGGUUAUUACACAAAGUGUACCUCUUUUUUCAACUUCGUGGUGAGGUACAAACCUGAUGAGCAACCCUUGCUCACACCGCAUCACGAUGCUUCUACAUUUACAGUUAACAUAGCUCUCAACCGCAAAGGUGUUGACUAUCAGGGAGGAGGCUGCCGGUUCCUUCGGUAUAACUGUUCAAUUGAAUCUCCUCGCAAAGGCUGGGCACUAAUGCAUCCUGGACGCCUGACACAUUAUCAUGAAGGCCUUCCUACAACUCAAGGAACAAGAUACAUUGUGGUAUCAUUUGUUGACCCCUAACAAAGCCAAGCUAUGUCAAUGAAAACUUAAAAACUGUGCAUUGGGUUAAAAACUAUGCAAUGUGUCAAGAUUCUUUCAAUUAUGGCCUUUUUCUGUUGGAAACUUGUAUGUUUAAAUUUGAAGGAAUACUUGAGUAGUCACUGCAAAGAACUCCAUUGUUUCUGUUAGUUUAAAAUUUGUGUGUGGAUUACUGUUUUUUUUUUUCCCACUUGUCUUCGUUUUUUGUGAAAUGUGUACUGUAGUGCACAGACAUGUGUUUGUGUGUGGGAGAGCGUAUCUGUU